AUGCGUAAAUACAACACAUAUUUAAAUUUAAUCCGAAGUAUUAAUACUAUCAAUGCCGUUAGACGUAGGGUAGUCGUUACUGGACUGGGUGUCGUAUCUCCUUUGGGUACUGGAUCUGAAUUAGUAUGGACAAACAUAUUGAAGGGAAAAUGUGGUAUAGUGGCUCUCAAUGAUGAAGAAUACAUAAACCUUCCUUGCAGAUUAGCUGGGCUUAUACCUAGAGAAAAAGAUGGUAUUGUUGAAAAAGCAUUGUCAAAAUCUACUCUGAAGUCAAUGGCUCCAGCUACAUCAUUAGCAUUGGUUGCUACAUCCGAGGCACUUAAAGAUGCUAAUUGGACGCCUAAAAGUGAACACUGUAAAGAAAUGACCGGUGUUGCAAUAGGCAUGGGUAUGAUAGAUUUAAAUGAUGUCUGUAUCACAAAUGAAGCAUUAAAAGUUGGCUACAACAAAGUGAGCCCAUUCUUUGUUCCUAGAAUAUUACCAAAUAUGGCUGCAGGGCACAUAAGUAUUAAAUAUGGAUUCAGGGGACCUAACCAUUCUGUUUCGACAGCUUGUGCAACUGGUGCUCAUUCUAUAGGGGAUGCUUUCAGGUUUAUAAAAAAUGGUGAUGCUGAUGUUAUGGUAUGUGGUGGUGCAGAGGCGUGUAUCAGCCCUUUAGCUAUCGCAGGUUUCUGUAGACUAAGAGCACUGAGUACUUCAUUCAAUGGAGAACCUCAUAAAGCUUCUAGGCCAUUUGAUAAAAAAAGAGAUGGUUUUGUUAUGGGUGAAGGAGCAGCCAUAUUGAUUUUAGAAGAAUAUGAACAUGCUUUCAAAAGGAGUGCUAAAAUGUAUGCUGAAAUUUUAGGAUAUGGUCUUUCUGGUGAUGCUUCUCACAUAACUACACCAAGAGAAGAUGGAAGUGGAGCUAUGUUGUCUAUGGCGAGAGCCUUGAAAGAUGGCAAUUUGCAAAAAGAAGAUAUAACAUAUAUAAAUGCCCAUGCAACAUCAACCCCGAUAGGCGAUGGUAUUGAAUCAACAGCUAUUAAGUCAUUAUUCAAGGAACAUGCAUUAAAAAUAUCAGUUUCUUCAACUAAAGGAGCCCAUGGACACUUAUUAGGUGCUGCUGGAAAUUUAGAAGCAAUGUUCACAAUAUUAUCAUGUUAUCAUGGUGUCCUGCCACCAACUUUGAACCUUGACGACCCUGUAGACGACUUGUGUUAUGUUGCUAAGAAUGCGAAAAAGUGGGAUCAUGAAAAGAGAAUUGCAUUGAAAAACUCUUUUGGGUUUGGUGGUACUAAUGCAUCUCUUUGUAUUGCUAAUAUUUUAUAAUAAAUCAAUAAAACAAUUAUAAUAAUUAAAGUAAAUAAUUUAUGACUAUAUUUUAAUAAAACGAAUUUUCACUGUA